GCGAGAGACUAAGAGGCGGAGGCCUAAAGCCCCGCGGAGGAGUUCGUGUUUGAGUUCGAGUAAGAUACACUGAUUGUGCUGAGGGAGGUUCGGUGGAGGAGGAGGAGGAGGAGGAGGAGGAGUUUGGUGGUGAAGUCGCCUUCACACGCUCAGGCCUUCUGAAGCUGAUCUGUUCCAUCUGCCGGAGCCAGGCCUGCACGCGUCCCAGGUCCCACAGCUCCGGUCCGGUCUCCCGGUCUUUCGGGUCCUUCUCGGGGAUCAUGGCUGCUGCGGCGCUGCAGUGGGCUCGUGCAGGUGUCAGAUCCUUUGUUUAGGAGCGGCUUCGGUUAACUUAAUUAGGUUUUAGGUUACAUUAUUUUCUAAACAAACAAAAAACAGAUUUAAUGAUCGGCUUCAGUAGAUGGUGUGAAGCAGGUGCAGUGACAAACCACCAUCAUCUUCAUCAUCAUCAUGUCGGUCAGUGGAUGCUGCGAUGGUUGGUGUGUGGUCGGUUGGGUCCAGUGUGGAUGUGGAAAGCUCUGCUGCUUUUUGUGGCCAUUGCUUUCGCUGGCCAGCUGCUGGGCGUCAUCUUCAACAAGAGCAGUGGCCAGCCAGCUGCUCAUUCCAUCUUCUCAUCCUCUGAUGGCCAUGGGCCUUCUCUGGGAUCCUGCCGGCCCCACACCCACAUCAUGUUCCUCAAGACCCACAAGACAGCCAGCAGCACAGUGCUCAACAUGCUGUACCGCUUCGGAGAGGAGCACCACCUCCGCUUUGCCCUGCCGCUGGGCUACCAGCUGGGCUACCCUCUGCCCUUCAACGCUCACAGGGUGAAGGGUUACCGAGGCCCGAGAGCUGUGGAGUUUCACAUCAUGGGCAACCACAUGAGAUUCAACAGGCCAGAGGUGGAGAAGGUGAUGCCUGAAGACACGUUCUACUUCUCCAUCAUCAGGGACCCCAUUGCCUUGGCCGAAUCUUCGUUUGCCUAUUACAAAGAAGUGGCGCCUGCCUUUCGGAAAGCCAAAGGUUUGGGUGACUUUGCCAAUGACCCUAAGAAGUACUACGACCCUCGUCUCCGCAACAACCACUAUGCCCGAAAUCUGCUGUGGUUUGACUUUGGUCUGGAUCACAACGCUAACUUCUCCAUGUCGCUGGCUAAACAUGGUGAGGACGUGAUCCGGCGAACCUUCUCACUGAUUCUGGUGUCGGAAUACUUUGACCAGUCCAUGAUCCUGCUGAGACAUGCUCUCUGUUGGCCGCUGGAUGCCGUCGUCUCCUUCAGCCUAAACGCUCGACAGCAGAAGCCCGGCAGCAUCGGAGGGAUGAGUGGGAGCUGGAUGGGCAAAGCAGCAGCUGCGGCUGCUGUUGGUAUUGGAGCUGGACAUUCCAAUGCCAAAACACCACCCAACCUGUCCCUGACAGAGGAUCAGCGGGAGAAGCUUCGGCAGUGGAAUGCCUUGGACUGGUACCUGUACAAGGCCUUCAACCAGACUUUCUGGGAGAAAAUCAACAAGUUUGGUCAAACACAAAUGGAGGAAGAGGUAGCUCUGCUCAAGAUGCGGAGGGAGGAACUGGCUCAUGCUUGUCUUAGAGAUGGUGGGAAGCCCGUGGAGGCACAUCGGAUCCGAGACAAAAAUAUCCGGCCUUUUCAGAGCGGUUUAGUGAAAAUUCUUGGGUAUGAGCUCCAGCCGGGGCUGGACAAUGCCACCAGGAUGUCCUGUCUCAGGAUGAUCAGGCCCGAAAUCCAAUACAAAGAUGUAUUGGAUUCCAAACAGUUUCCACAGGCCAUCAAGGCUCAGCCCUGGCAGCAGAACCAGGGCCUGAUGGCAGCAGCUGGGGUCUCUUUUCUAAGACAAGAUUCUUCCAGAAAAACCGAGAAAGAGCCAGGAGAGGCUGUUGGAAGGACUCUAGAGGACAGAAAGAAAGACUGGGACGGGAACAUUUUAACCAGGAACAACCAGACUUUGAUACGAGGGCAGGAAAAAGAGAGGUUUAGAUAAGAUGAGUAGUUUUCUAUCUAAAUAAGAUCAACUGACACAUGGACGUUGGGUUUACACAUAAGAAGAAAUGAAGCUCUUCUUUUGCACUUCCAUAUUUCCUCGUUUUCCUAAAUACUCUCCAUUUAGUUGGUGUCAUUCUAGUGGCAUGUUUUUCAGCUGGAGGAUGAACAACUUGUUUUUAUAAGAAGCUGUUAGUGAUGGACACCUGUUUUAUGGCUGUAAGAGGUCAAAUUUUCAUGUUAAGCUCAGUGUUCAUACAUAAAACUUCCAUGAAGGUUGGCACACUGAUCAGCCACAACAUUAAGACCACUGAUCCGUUGAUGUAGAGCUAGACAGGUUCUGACCCAUUAGGGCAGGAAGAUGUGGUACAUUCCUGGGAAGUUGGCAAUGACAUGAGGAAUUGUCAUUGUUAUUCCCAUCAGUAGUUUUAGUGUUGUGGUAUUAACUUAGUUAUGCAGUAGGAGUAUAAAUCACAGACCACCACACGAUACAUCAAUUCAGUGUUUGCCACAUUCAGUGAUACUACAGUCUACAUCGUUUUAUCGAUCCACAAUACCAGUCAAAGUCAAACACACCUGCCCAUUCAGAUUUAAUGAGGGGUUCUGUCCAAACUUUUAAUGGUUCUGUGGAUCAAUGGAUCAAUGUAGACUGAUAUAUCAAUGUGGAUCGAUUGGAACAACAUAUCAGUGUGGAUUGAUGUAGACUGAUGCAGAUCAAUGCAGAAUGAUUAGACUAAUGUAUCAAUGUGGAUUGAUCUAGAUCAAUGGAUCAAUGUAGAGUGAUGUAUAGUUUUGGAUCGAUGUAUCAUUAUAACCUGAUGUUUCGAUCUGGAUCGAUGUAUAUCGAUGUAUCAAUGGAUCAGUAUAGAUUGAUGUAUCGUUGUGGAUCAAUGGAUCAUUGUGGAUCUGUUGGAGCAAAACAUUGAUUGAUGUUGAUUGAUGCAGGGCAAUGCAGAGCGAUUGGAUCAACGUAUCAAUGUGGAUCAGUGUUACAUUACUACUUGUACAAGAUCUCUUAUUAACAGGUGAAUCAGUUCUGAUCGUCCUGCAGGUAUAUAUUUAUAUAUCUUUUCGACGUAGUUGGAUUUUAUCAGGUCGUGGACGUGAUAAACAUAUAUAUAGUUCUUUUCUGGAUGGUCUUGGUGACACUCCUUUCUAUUGGUUUGCAUGUGACUCUAGUGGUGAUAAAGAGAGAGGUUAGAGUAAAGCAAGCUAGGUUCCACUGCUGAUGUGGUCUAUCAGUCAUUAUUGUGACAUUAAUUAAGGUUUUCUUGGAUUAACUUGUUUUGAAGAUGGUGUUGAGCUCUAUCCAGCACCAAGAGAUAAAAGGUUAAUAUUGAAGAAAUAAAGGACCAGAACAAGGAUAAUCUGGGUUUAUCUUUGUGCACUGGACCCUGUAGUGAGUCUUAGGCCAGCUGUGAACCAGACAACAGCAGAGUGUGAGAGUUGUCAGGUUGCAGCAGCUACUCAGUAAGGUGUGUUAAGACACAUAGCCUUGUUUUUCCUUCAGACCUUCUUCUCCGUACGUCUUCGCCCACGCGGUACGUGUUCGGAGUGGUAUACAUGUGGUACGCCAGCAUCCUGCAGGGAAUUUGGUUUGACAUCAUCACACACACCUCCUCCUUUGUUUUCCUAAGUGAAAAUGCUUCCUCACGUUGUGUGUGAUGUCAGCAAGGUGGAGGUGAAUUCAGAUGGUGGCCAUACACCGCGACUGCCAUCUUACUUGAAACUUGUUGGAGACGAUGAUCUUCAUGUAUGUUUAGUUGGUUUUAAUAAAGAAAAGAUUUGUUUAACUUCA